UUCGCGCGCGUCGUUCGUGAUAACUCGUCUGCGCGUUAUCCGCUGUUUGCCGCGUAUUAUGUUUACAAUAGUGUUGUUAUUGUUUUGGUUAAUAUAAAAAAUACAUAAUUUAAGUGUUUUGUGCUGUGUUUCGAAGUGAAAUAUUGAAUUGAAACAGUUUAAUAAUAAAUUGUGGAUCACAAGGAGCAGACAAACACGUCAAGCACCGAGCUCAGCUCGGGUCAUGUGGUCAGCAGGCCAGGGGCGCGGCACGGCGUGAUGAGGCGCGCGUGCGACCACUUUGCCUGGCCGGUGGUGGCGUGCGCGCUGCUUAUGGCAUGCGCGCGCGCCGAAGCCGCAGGCGACAACAAACUACCCACGGGAAUAUGCUCGUCGAUGGAUAUAAGGAACAAGCCGGAGAGCUUCGCGCAGCUGAAGGGCUGCCGGGUUAUCGAAGGCACGCUGAGUAUGGUGUUAAUGGAACGCGCCACACCCAAGAUCUUCGAGAACAUGAGCUUUCCAGAACUGAGAGAGGUCACCGAUUAUAUAGUGAUGUAUAGGACGAAAGGUGUGCAAAAUCUUGGCGACCUUUUUCCCAACCUCACGGUGAUACGUGGAAUGCAACUCUUCAAGGAUUUCGCUCUCGUUAUUUUCGAUAAUGAGCAUCUGGAAUCUGUGGGGCUUCGUUCUUUGGUGAAGAUUGAAAGAGGCGGGGUACGGAUACAACAAAACGACAGGCUUUGUUAUGCUAACACUAUUGACUGGUCCCUGAUCACAUCGGAACAUGCUGUCAACAUUAUUAGGUUAAACUACGACACGCGACUGUGUGGGCUGUGCCCAUAUGCACAGAGUCGAGUGGACGGGGACCAUAGACAGUCACAUGCGCAGUGCCCGACUGAUGCAUCUGGCCGUCUGCUAUGUUGGGAUGAUAAACAUUGCCAGAAGGUUUGUCCGAAGAAAUGCGGCGACAGUGGCUGUCUAAGUAAUGGCACAUGUUGCCAUCCGUCCUGCCUGGGCGGCUGCACCGGACCCACCUCCUGGGAUUGCCACGCGUGCCGGAAUUUCUCCAUAGGCGAAGGUCCUGAAAGAAAAUGCGUCGAAAAAUGCCCCUCCCACCUUUAUGAGUUGUUCCACCGCUGUGUGACGGAGACAGCGUGCCGCGCCACUAAGCCGCCCACCAACGUGGAGGCCGACCACCACGGCGCGUCGCCCAAGAUACGCAAGUACAAGAUCUUCAACAACAGCUGCGUAUUUACCUGCCGCAGCGGGUACAUGGAGGUGGGCGACGCUAACAACUUAACAUGUCAACAAUGUCCGGCGUCCGGCUGUGUAAAGGAGUGUGCUGGGGGAAAGAUAGACUCCGUGGCUGCAGCAGAACAGUUCCAAGGCUGCACACACAUUAAGGGGAAACUUGAGAUCAAUAUCCGCGCCUCUGGUGGUAAUACUUUGGCAGUAUUAGAAAACUCAUUGGGCGACAUACGAGAAAUAACUGGCAUGUUACAAGUGGUGCGCGCGUUUCCACUUGUCUCGUUGAUGUUCCUCAAGAAGCUAAAGAAGAUUACGGGGGCGUGGGAACAAGGUGCUAAAAAUCGUGGUCAAGUUAUACAUAUAUUCAAUAAUCCGAACCUUGAGUUGCUGUGGGACUGGCCAACUCAUGGCCCUAUCGACAUCGUGGGAGGCAGCCUCUUCAUACAUCUGAACCCGAAGCUGUGUUACAUCAAUAUACUGCCGCUUAAGAACAUGACCAGGGAUCCUCGCUCUAAUUUCACUGAGAUUGAGGUGUCGGAGGAUAAUAACGGAAACCAGGCUUCUUGUUUGCCGGACAAGCUGCACGUGAGAGCGAGCCAGUUGUAUGACAAGGCAGUGGUGCUGACGUGGAACAUGUAUUGUCCUGAAGACAUGCGCAAGCUGCUCGGCUACUCCAUCUACUACAUCGCGACAGAUUUGAACGUUACCCUCUAUGAACAGAGGGAUGUCUGCUCAGAUCGAUGGAAUGUUCUCGAUAUAACAGCAGAUGAAGCGCGUAAUUACACCAGGGAUGUACCUGCUGGCAAUCAAAAUCAGAACGACAAUCUUUUGAAUCCGUGUCACAAUAGACAGCCCUUGUUCUGUCCGGUCUCACACCUGACUCCGUUCACACGUUACGCAGCAUAUGUUAAGACAUACACUACGACGCAAGAAAAGAAGGGCGCACAGAGUUCUAUCAUAUAUUUCGUGACUUUACCAGCAAGGCCUAGUCCACCAGUAGCGCUGUCAGUGGAGAUGGUCUCCCCUCACUCUGUGUCCAUCAGCUGGUCCCCGCCGACCAUGCCCAACGGUACCAUCAUUCUCUACCACGUCGAGGUCCAAGCUAACAGCUACAACAAACCCAAGAUAUUGGCUGGAAACACUAAUUAUUGUUCCAAUCCGAGUCUGCUUACAAACAUGAUCACAGCUCAAUCGGAGGAACCUGCGGAAACGCAGGAGAAAAAGACUACUGGUGACGUCACGAAUGGCUCAUGCGCUUGCAAGGAAGAGGACAAACCCGGCACCCGGUUCAAUUCCCGCGUAGAGGAAGAUCGCAGGGAGACUAUCGCCUUCGAGAAUCAGCUGCAAAAUACUGUCUACGUAAGGUCUGAUAACAGGCCGAAAGCGAAGAGAGUGAAGCGAUCCGUCGACCAUACUCUGAACAGUAUGCUUGUGAAACUGACCAAAAACUUUGAGCCUCAGGUUGGCCUGAAUUACACGAACAGUACGGAUGAGGAAGGCUACGUGAAGUCGUUGUACUUCGAGCUGGGCGGCAACGUGCAAACGCUAAAGGUGACGAACAUGCGUCACUUCACGUGGUACACCGUCAGUAUCUGGGCGUGUCGGUCGCGCCACGAGAACGAGUCCGUGGCCGACUACAACGACACGUGGUGCUCCAACCGAUCCUACAAUACCUUCCGCACUCCAGAACGAGUGAACGCGGAUAUAGUGGACAAUUUGCAAGCAGAAGUGGUUGUGUCAAACAAAACGUUGGGCGAAGUGAACGUUACGUGGAAACCGCCGAAAAAUCCGAACGGUUUUGUCGUAGCGUACUCCGUGUAUUAUGCCCGUGUCGACGAGAAUUUGCCGUCGAGCCCGUCAGGCUUGCAGAGUUGUGUGACGGCGGACGAGUACGAGAGGAACGGCCACAGCUACACCCUGCGCAGCCUGGCGCCCGGGAACUAUACCAUCGAGGUCACGCCCAUCACUGUCGCCGGCGCAGGAAACGUCUCUGCGGUACAUCCGCCCAUCUUCAUACCGGAGAGGACGGCGGAGAAUGCCUAUGACUGGAUCUGGGGCGUGGUGGGCGGCUGCGUGAUGAUGGGUCUGUUGCUGGGCGGCGGGGUAUGGUAUGCCCGGCGAGGCCUGCUCCCCUCCGCCGAGGCCAACAAACUCUUCGCCAGCGUCAACCCGGAGUACGUGUCCACCAUGUACGUACCCGACGAGUGGGAAGUGCCGCGCGCCUCCGUCGAGUACAUACGGGAACUGGGCCAGGGCUCCUUCGGAAUGGUGUACGAAGGUAUUGUCAAAGGUAUAGAAAAAGGAAAAGUGGAGACACGUUGUGCCGUUAAAACCGUUAAUGAGCACGCCACAGAUAGGGAACGUCAAGAAUUCUUGAAUGAGGCCUCAGUGAUGAAGGCGUUUGACACGUUCCACGUGGUGAGGCUACUGGGCGUAGUGUCGCGCGGCCAGCCCACGCUUGUCAUCAUGGAGCUCAUGGAGUUCGGGGACCUCAAGACAUAUCUGCGCUCGCACCGACCCGACGCAGACGCCUCGCUCCCGCGCAAGGGCGGCAAUGAUCCUCCAACCUUGGAGAACAUUUUGCAGAUGGCUAUAGAAAUAGCCGACGGUAUGGCCUACCUAUCGGCCAAAAAAUUCGUGCACCGCGAUCUCGCGGCGCGCAACUGUAUGGUCGCCGGAGACCUCACCGUGAAGGUCGGGGACUUCGGUAUGACCAGAGACAUCUACGAGACUGAUUAUUAUAGGAAAGGCACCAAAGGCCUAUUGCCGGUGCGCUGGAUGAGUCCAGAGAGCCUCAAAGAUGGAGUGUUCUCGAGUAGUAGUGACGUGUGGAGUUACGGCGUCGUCUUGUGGGAGAUGGCGACGCUAGCCAUGCAGCCGUACCAGGGGCUGUCGAACGAGCAGGUGGUGCGGUACGUGGUGGAGGGCGGCGUCAUGGAGCGGCCGGAGCACUGCCCGGACCGCCUGUACGAGCUCAUGCGCGCCUGCUGGGCGCAUCGCGCGGCCGCGCGGCCCUCCUUCCUGCAGCUCGUCGCCGACCUCGCGCCCUCCGCGCACGCCCAGUUCCGCCAGCGGAGCUUCUUCCACACGCCGCAGGGCCAGGAGAUGUACUCCUUGCAGCGUACCACUAUGGAGGAGGAGGCGGAGCUGGCCGAGGUGAACGUGGGCGCCGUGGCCACGGGGUCGGGGUCGAACCUGUUCGGCGUGUCGGGGCGACUGGCGUCGUGGGUCCGCGAGCUGUCGUCGCUGCGCUCGCGCGCCUCCGAGGACGCGGCCGCCGAGCCCCUGCAGCCGCUGCGCGCCGACCCCAAGGGGAACGGCGGGCCCUUGCCGCCUUGCUAGCCCCGUCGGCUCUUGCCGCCCUGCUAGCCCUGCUGGCCCCGCUAGUCUCGCCGGCCCAGCCGGCCCCGCGAGCCCCGCCGGACUAUAAGAGCGGGGCGGGGCUCCCCCGCAUUUAUUACGUUAUCGUGCGACCGACGGACGGACGCUCGAGUUUUGUUGUUUUUCAAGAGCUCGGCGCGAGAGGCGUUGCGUUUGUUUUCGUGUGACGAUUCGUUUUCAUAUCAGGAAAGUAAUAUUUUUGCUGAGACGAUAUUAAGUGAGUCGAUAUGUCUCGACGUGAAUCCUAUAUAGUUUACCUCGACGUUAUUAUAUAGUUAUAGAUCGAUGUCACUUUUGACAUAGCCUAUUAAUGUUAAGUUUACCGUUUAAGAUGUAAAGCGUGUAUAGUUUUAUGUAGGCGAGAUCGUGUACAAAUUAUUUUUAUUAUUAUUAAUUUCUUGACGUAUAGUUCGGUACCUUGCUACUGUUUCAAAGUGAAUAAGUAACAGGUGUCAAAUUCGUUGAAGUUGUUAUGUUGUUGUGCCAAGUACUUUUAUUAGAAACGUACUUGCGAAAUGAAUUUGUCACUUGUCCUAAUCAAUACAAGUUGCAUCUGCUUAUAAUACUCAACUGUUGGAUUUGCCGCUUUAGAUAUCAGCUAUUUUUCUACUUGUAUAAAGUAUAAUUUGAAAUAUUGAAUAAAAAUAAAAUUAACCACCAAAGAUUUGGAAAGUAAACGUCUAAAUUUACAAGUCUUUUAUGCUGUUACUUAUUGUAGCUGUGUUAUCAAUGUUUGCAAAGAUAAUUAUAUAAUUGUAUUAGAGUAAUUAUACAGGGUCGUUUCAAAUUAGUUGUAACUGGUUUUAGUAGGAACGUGAAGCAACACCCACAGUUUAGUCAUAAUGCGUAAGUUAACGAGAAAAGACGAAAAACGUGUUACUUAGUGUUGCCGGCCAUACGUAUCGAUAUAUGUGUAACGUGCAGACUGCACGAGCCUCACAACUCGUGCGCUUUGCACAAGCGAGUACUUACUAGUGCCAGUUAAGUGACAACGUUGAAUUUAAAUGACUAUGUACCGCAACAUUUAUUUAACAACAUGUUAUUGUGUACGUGAAUAUAAAUGUAGGUCGUAAUCAUGUUACAGUUAUUCUCAGUUCAAGUAACGAUAACAAUGUGUUCCCCAUCGACUUAAAUGCAAUAGACAAUACCUGCCACUAUUGUUAAAUAGUUAUAUACUAGACUGCAUACUAUUAUUGUUUAAAUACGAGUAAAUGUUAUGUAACCAAAGCAUGAGUGCAACUGACAGUGUGCCUAUAUUUACAGUGGGUCAUCGCUUGUACUGAUUCAGUAAACUUUAAUACUAUAUCAAACUUAAACAUUUUAAUCAAACUUAAGUCAAUUAUAAGUUAUUAGAUUGAUGACUUACUAAAACGUAAGCAAUAAUACAUCCCUUAGGCCAAAAAUACAUAAAAAUAUUUUUUAUUUCAAAAAAACAAAUCGUCUAUCUUUUGAACUAGUUCCUUGCUCAUUUUUCCUCAAUUCAUGUAGUCACAAAUUUUUAAAUAAUGAUUAUGUCUAUUAGAAAAAUAUUUUCACAUUUAGGUAACUGUUAUUUGUCAUUUUUUAAUAUUUCUUGACUCGACUUUUUUAUAGAUAGUUUAUUUUGUUUCCUUUGGUAAAAUACUAGCAAAUUUCUAAUUAUACUUUCAAUCAGACAUUAAAUUUAAAAAUGUGGGUUUGUUAGCUAUAUUGUAUCUUUUUUAAUCUAAUAUUGGUUCUAGUAAUUUCUGUGCACAACUCUCAAGUAAUUCUUUUAACAAGUGAUGAUCUACUGUAGGGUAAGAAGGUGUGGCAUAAUAAGGACAUCGUUACGAGGGCAUAAAGCAGGAUAGAGAGCCCAGGAUAAACAUGGAUGAUCAUUAUGGAGUACAUUAGUACAUUUAUACUUUUGUAGUCAUGUAUGCCGGUCACCUAUGCUAGCUUCUAAUGCAUACAGAGCCAAUCAGUGAACCAUCUUCAUAUAUUGUUACAACAUUGUAGUAUCUCAUCGUAGGUAAUAACUUAAUUAGUUACUGAAAUAUAUUUAUUAUAAAAUGCGAAAAUAUUUAUGUAUGUAAGGUCGUAAAGUAAUGAAACGUUAAAAUGAGAACAUGCAUUAAGUCCAAGUUUUAUUGUGUUCAUAUUGUUCCAUUUGUAUAGUUACAGGUUUGUACUUUAGUCCACUGCAAUAUAUAUAUAUGUAGUAACACAACGUAAUAGCUAGGUAUAUUAUAACUAUGUAGUUCCUUUUUAUUAUUUUUGUUCACAUUUAUUGUGCAGUGAUUUUUGGCAGCAAGUUUGUAGAUAUUAUUGACUUUGUUAAUUUAAUUAAUGACAUGCCUAGAAAUAAAUAAGGUCGUGGGGUGAAUUUAUGAUGGUUUGAAUAUGAAUUUACAAUUACAUUUGAUUUACAUUUAAUUUUGUAUUUACAACUACAUUGAUAGCAAGUUUCUAGUUAAAUAUAACUAGGACAAUGUUAGCUACAUAAUUGUAAUUAACUGUAAUAAAAUAUAAUUAUAUUAAUAUACAAUCAACCAAAGGUAAACUCCAAUAAUGUACAACAGUGGUGGACGUCAGAACCCAGCAGAAUGCUGGGUAGCAUUGGGUGCGGCUGGGGUCCGAGGUCCGCUGUAGUAAAUAACAACUGUUAUCAUAAUGUGGUUUAAGGGUUUAAACGAGUGCCUUCAGACAUCCAGCCUUCAUUGCAUGCAGGUUUGUUGAUUGUGUGAGGUGGACACAUACCGCAUGCAUUCAUUACUCUCUAUUUCUUUAGUACGUGUAUUACGUUGUUCGUUUCACAAGUAACGCUAGAAUGUCGAGUAUACAAUUGUUUUCAUUUUAACACAAUCAAGAAACUGUGCCACGGAAAUGAAUUCAGCUCGGUUGGCUAUGUAUAUGGGCGAUGUGUUACGAAUGGCUUACCGAUAGUAUUUUAUUUAAGUCGUUGACCACCUUUAUUUGUGAAUUAGUAAUAAACCAGGUAAAAAGUAAUGUAAGUAAUACGUCGGUUGAGAGGGAAGGGAAUGUGACCAGGACAGACUGGGACUAGUACGUUAUCGUACACGUUUGUGUUGUCGGGGGCACAAGGCACGUUGCAACACUGAUUCAACCAUUUUAGUAGAAUUGAAACAAUCUUCGUUAAACUCCAAAUAUUGUUUUAUGUGUAAAAUUUGCAUAGUGCCUUUUGCUCAAUUAUGAGGAAUGUCGUAGGUAGGUAUCGUUAAGUGUAACCUAAAUAUAUUAGGACUAUAAUUUAGUUCCAUUUUGCUAUCGCGAAUAUUCCAGUGCAGUGAAAUAAAGAAAGCCCCACCAAACCAGUAGUACUGCACCGGCGUAUUGGCGACGGAGUUCGUUGCCGAGUGACCGCGGCCGCGGCGAGGUCUCGCACAACGUUGCCUCACACAGCGUUCCCUGCGGCCUGUGCCUACUGUCGACCUUUGUUACUUACGCUCUUGUUUUUAUCAGUAUUUGUUUCAUUGUGAUUAUCACUACAAGGCAGUUACAUUACCUCAUUUUUUAGUGAUUAUAUUAUGCAUAAAUUAUUGACUGAUAAAGUAAUUUCCAAAUGAUUUAUUUCCUUGUGUGAAUUGUGUAUGUUUUGUGUAAGUGUCGGGGUAGCGUUGUGCUAUAUGCUCAAUUUAGAUACAAUUUCACCAAACGAUUGAGAUAGUGUACAAUUUUAUAUAAUUAAUUUAAUAAAACCGAGUACCUAUUAAUAAUUUUAAUAUUUAUAUUAAUAAAAAAGUUAUAAAAAAUAGUAAAA